GUGUUUUAAAGCGCAUUUCGGACCAUAUCUUGUUUUAAUAUGUAACUAGGUACCUAAUUUUGAGAGAUGCAUUUCGACACCUUUUUGUUACAGAAAAUAACAUCUUUAACGUUGCAUUUGCUGGCUAGCAAACGUUAACGCGUUAGACAUGUAAACAUAGCUAGCUACAGUUCGCAGUAACGUUAGCUAACUACUAUACAUAGCUAAUGCUGGUUUUUAGCAGAUGUCCGGCCUUUUUCUUACAUUGGCCCAGUCAGCCGUGUCAUGAGUUGAGCGUUACUAGUUGGCCAGUGAGCUGGCUACGCAACAUCGCGCCUAUGUUUAAUUUCAAUGUGUAACUAGUUAGCUGGUUAACUAGCUGUUAACGUUACUAGUGCUGACAAUAUCAUAGAUUGAGAUUAGUGUUGAAAGGAAACGUUAGCUAACUAGAGCUGGAUAGCUAUCUAGCCGAAUAAACUAACAUUGCUUGAGCUUAGUCGGCCAAUUAGAUGCUGUAGGUAGCUACUGUGGUUUUAGUGAAUCUAUCAUUGCAAUGACCCCCAUCACACCUAAUUUAUUAGCAACGUAAUCUCGAACCUCAGCGGCAGAGCUAAAGCUGAUAGCUAGUCGUUUGAUUUAAUCAGCCACUACAUUAUAAACUGUAUUCAGGGAAAAACAACAUCCAAUCUAUUUUGCAGAGAAUAUGUAACAUAAAUCAACAUGACAUCCAGAUUUGGUAAAACCUACAGCCGUAAGGGAGGGGAGGCCAACUCCAAAUUUGAUGAGGUCUUCUCCAACAAGAAGGCCACACUGAGCACCAAAUGGGGAGAAACCACUUACAAGGCCCAGCUGGGCUCCAAGCGGCCCCUUCAAAAGCCUGAGGUAGUCGAGUUACUCAAGAGGCCCCGCAUUGAGGAUGACGACAGCUCAGAGGAUCCUUUUGGUUUUGACAGCGACGAUGAGUCCAAUCCUGUCACCUCCCACAGUGUGCCCCAGUCUGAACCAGCUGAAGGUGAGGCCAGUAAUACGCCACCUGCUACAACCACAGUCCCAGUGGAUAACAGUAGGAACAGCACAGCUACAGGCAAGCAAACAUUGUCUAAUGAGGGUGCAGAAAAGAGUAGCCAGUCCUUGUACAGAAGUAAAUCGGACAGUAACCAGAAGCCUAUUGCUCAGUCCUCUGUUACAAAGACUGUGCCCAAGGACCCCUAUGUGGAAUGGAGCUUAAUAGGGACCCAGAGGUCUUCUACCUCCUCCACUAGUAUGGACCCUCUCCAGGAAAAAGACUCAGCUGAGGCACCAGGGUUUAGCGGAGACUCACAGUUCUCUUCUUCCCAGGAUGGGCUCUCAGCUGGGAUGAAAAAUGCUCAACAGGAGGCCCCGGCCGAGCCUGUUGUUGACAACCUUCCCCCCUCCCCGUUCCUCCUCAGGCCCUGCAACACUAGGAAAUACAUCCGUCCCAAACCCAACAAGGCCUCUGACGUUCCAGAUGCUUCUGCUGCUUGCGACGUCAAACUGCCUGUAGCCGCCAGCGUUCGGGCUGCACUGAAGUCCAACAGUGUGUCCACUGCCAGCGGUAGCGCCGGUGCUAAUGCUAGCAAAACGGUGGCCAAACCUGCUGGCAGGGGUCGGGUACGGGACUACACGGUGCUGCAUCCAUCCUGCCUGUCGGUGUGUAACGUCACCAUCCAGGACUCCAUAGAGCGCAGCAUGGACGAGCUCAUCACCAGCACACUCCCUACUGACCUGGGGGAGGUGGGACGGCUGAGGAAGAAGGCAGACGUACCUCCAGCCAAACCCAACAGGUUCCGCACCACCCAGAGUAAAUCCAAGAAGGAGACCAAGCUGGAAUUUUUCGGCUUUGAGGACAAGGGUGACCAGGAGGGGGAGGAUGGCGCGGACCCCACGGCCGGCGGCAGCAGCUACAAGAUCAAGUACUUUGGCUUUGACGACCUCAGCGAGAGUGACAGUGACGAAGAGGAUGGCACCCAUGUCAAAGUGAAGAGGAAGGCCAAGAAGGCUGCAGCUGUGGCGGUAGCAGCCAUGGCUGUUAGUGUGCAUAGCCCUCAGCCCAGCGACUCUCAGGACAGCCAGAGCAGCAGCAAUACAGAUAUUCUGGAGUUUUCUGAUGACUCUAACCUUGGUGGGUCUGAAGAGCAGAAGGGUCGUUCAGGAAAACAAGGGGACACAUCCAAGGACAUUGGCAGGAAGAUCUUCAGUGGACCAAAAAAGUCCCCUGCUAAAGCUGUGUACAAUGCUCGCCACUGGAACCAGCCUGAGCCUGAGGAGAUUCCCCUGCCACCCCUUGCCUGCGCGCACACUGCUCCGGCCAGCAUAUCGAGCGGAAGUAGCAAGGACACCAAUUCUCACAAAGACGACGGUCUGUUCAAAGCGCCUCCCCCACCGCCCAAAGUCAUCAAGUCUGUGACCAUCCCCACUCAGCCUUACCAGGACAUCGUCACAGCUCUCAAAUGCAGGAAGGAACACAAGGAGCUGUACACGGUUGUGCAUAAUGUGAAGCACUUCAACGAUGUGGUAGAGUUUGGUGAAAACCAGGAGUUCACUGAUGACUUUGAGUACCUGGAGACAGGCCUGAAGAGCAGCCAGCCACUCAACACACGAUGCCUUAGUAUAAUCAGUUUAGCCGCAAGGUGUGCAAUGCCCAGUUUCCGGAUGCACCUACGGGCCAGAGGGAAGGUGGCUCAGGUCUUCAAGAUGUUGAAUGAUGCCCCGCUGCAUCCGAACCUGGCCCUGUGUACUGCCUCUCUGAUGUACAUCCUAAGCAGAGACAGGUUAAACAUGGACCUGGACCGGGCCAGUCUGGAGCUGAUGAUCAGACUGUUGGAGCUGGAGCACGACCACUCGGGCCACCACCAGGACCAGCUCACUGCCAAGGAGAUGACCAAGGUCAAGGAGAAGAUCCGCAAGCUAUGUGAGACGGUUCACAACAAGCACCUGGACUUGGAGAACAUCACGUCGUGUCACCUGGCCAUGGAGACCCUGUUGUCUCUGACCUCGAAGAGGGCCGGGGACUGGUUCAAAGAGGAGCUGCGCUUACUGGGAGGCCUGGACCACAUUGUAGAUAAAGUGAAAGAAUGUGUUCAGAACCUGAGCCAAGAGGAAGACAAGGAGAAGCUGGUGUCAUCGCUAUGGGGGGCAGAGAGGUGUCUAAGAGUACUGGACAGUGUGACUGUCCAGAACCCAGAGAACCAGGGCUACCUGAUCGCUUACAAGGACUCUCAGCUCAUAGUGUCCUCUGCCAGAGGUUUGCGGUACUGUGAGGACAUGAUUCAGCGCUACAGCCGGGAGGUGAACAGCUCUCUGUGUUCGUCAGGCACGGCGCUGCCCCACUGCAGCUUCAGCAACGUGGGCAAGGCCGUUGAGGACUGCAUGAGGGCAGUCAUAGGGGUGCUACUCAAUCUCACCCACGACAAUGAGUGGGGAAGCACUAAGACUGGAGUGCAGGACCGGCUCAUCAUCACAGCACUCAACUGUGUCCUACGGGUCCCACGCUACAUACCUCAGGAACAACGCUUUGACAUCAGAGUCCUGGGCUUGGGUCUGCUGAUUAACCUGGUGGAGUACAGUGCCAGAAACCGCCACUGUCUGGUGGACAUGGAGUUCACCAGUUCAACCAGCCCUGAAGGCAUCCAAGGAGAGGCAGGUGGAGAAGAGACCCAGACCCCUGAAGGCAUCCAGGGAGAGUCAGGGGGAGAAGAGACCCAGACCCCUGAAGGCAUCCAGGGAGAGUCAGGGGGAGAAGAGACUCAGACCCCUGAAGGCAUCCAGGGAGAGGCAGGGGGAGAAGAGACCCAGACCCCUGAAAGCAUCCAGGGAGAGGCAGGGGGAGAAGAGACCCAGAACCCUGAACAAUUCCUAGCCUCCACAGAUCCAGCUACACCAGCCCUUACAGAGGGUGAGGCUGAGAAGAAGACCAAGGAAUCCUCUUCAAGUGCCCUGGCUGCUCUGGUGCAGUUCUUCUUGGAGCGGGAGCGAGCAGCCAUAUUGGCUGAGGCGCAGACUGAUGACCUCAUCAGUGAACCUCCCAAGCCCCAGGACCAGAGCGGGGAGUGGCAGGAGACAUCGGGCGAGAUCCAGUGGGUCGCUGCAGAAACCAACGACGGUGAAAAUGACAAGGAAAAUGACACAAAGAAAGACGAGGAAGACGAGGAGCUAGAUCUCAACAAAGCUCUGCAGCAUGCUGGGAAGCACAUGGAGGACAGCAUUGUGGCUUCCUACACAGCUCUGCUCCUGGGUUGUCUGUGUCAGGGCAGUCAGGUUAAUGUGACAACUGUGCGGGAAAACCUUCCCAAGGGAGAUUUCUCAAUAAUGACAGAAAUGCUGAAGAAGUUCUUAAAUUUCAUGAACCUUACUUGUGCAUUUGGCACCACAGGGCAUAAGUCCAUCUCUCGUGUCAUAGACUAUCUGGACCACUGUUAGUGAACCCUUCUUUGCACUCUUGAGUGCAGAUAAGGGGACAUCUUUUCAGAUCUGGCAACCCAACAAGGGUCCCACCAGAUCUGGCAACCUUAGCAAGGUUAUGUCAGAUGUGGCAUCCCCAGCAGGACGGGCUGUACAGAGAAUCCACCAGAGAUCAUCGGUGUCCCAACAGUGUCCCUGGCAUUGCUUCAACAUGUGUUCUCAUUCUGAAGAACAAGACACACACCACACACACAAUGGCCUGUGAUGGUUGUAGAAAAGGGAAGGGAACUGUAGAAAGCCCCUCUAAAUUUCAGUUCUGAUUAUGACCAUUUGCAUAAGCUCGCAGUCAAGUUGAAAUCUUCUGGAGUUUUCUUCAAUGCUUGUUUAAGUUAUUCUCACAAGGUCAUGUAAUGUAACAUCAUUCUACAUUUUAAGAAAUCAUCAGUUCAGGAUGACUGAUGUUAAGUAUUUGUUUUUAAAUAAUGGCACUUGAAUACUUUUAAAAAUAGUUUUACUCUUUGCCCUUCCAAAUUUGACUUUACAGUCAAACUGAGUUUUGUGUUUUAAAUUUGCAAUUGGUCGUUUUUAUGAUUGUGGUUAUGCUGUGUGAGAUGCUUCAAGUCUCUACAGUUCCUUACCUUUUACAUGUUCCACCUAACACAUCACUUGAAGUGGCUGGAUAUAUUAACUGCUGUUUGUACGGUUUUCAUUACACUCCCAGAAACCCUGGUAAACCGGACUAACAUUAAUAAUAACCAAACCUCGGCCACCUGGCAUAAUCCUCAUUGAACAUUGUUUGCCCAUACUGUGGUUGUCAGUGGUGGUUAGUGGCACUUUAAAUGAAGAAGACUGUCUCAUGGUAAUGGUUGGAAUGGCCACACGUUUGGUACCAUUCCAUUCACUCCAUCCAUUACUACGAGCCGUUCUCCCCUCACCAGCCUCCUCUGGUGGGCAUUGUAUCUUACCACUUCAAGUAGCGCUGAUCCAGAACCAAGCCCAGGGUUCACCACCUGGUUCUGGACAGGGGGUGCAGGUUGCAUCCAGCCCUGCAGUAAUUAUCAAAAGCCUGCACACCUAGUACCCUGUGUUGGUGAUCCCUGUCCUAACCCCAACCCCCCCUAGGCACCCCCAAGUCUGUGAGCACUGGAUAGUAAAAUGUUGACAAUUCUACCUAGUUUAUCGGAGGGAAAAGUGAAGUAACUACCAUACUGCUUAUACCUAUCCUUUCCGAUCUGCUUGUAGUGGUAGCCUCUGGACAGGGCUGUAGUGUUUCUUUACUGCCCCUUGUGUCUUAAGUCAUCAUGUUGGACAUGACCUUCCAACUCUGAGCGGUGAACCAGUACCCCUAAACCUCCUUUCAGCUACUCUAACUAGUCCUGUGCUCCAAUAAGAUACUGAUUGAAUAACUGCCAUACAGAUUUAAUUUCCCUCUGAUUUGUAGAGCUGCAAUUGAACAGACAUGUUACCUAAAAGUUGAGUUGCAAAUCUAGGAUGUAUUCAUAAUGACGAUUCUGUUGCAAAAUGUUUUUACAAACAAAACAAGGGUUUCUAUUGGACAAAUUCAGUUAGGUCCGUUCCGUUUUUCUGUUUGCUUCCGUUUGGUUGUUAAACGGUUUCUAUAAUGAAAGGAAUUUCAGAAUGUAAACACCUGUAAAUAGUGGUUAGUGGAUGUUAGAAUGCUAGACUACUUUUCUGAAGCUGAUAUUUUUAUUUUCUACAAUAUUUCUGAGUUGUCAUUUUGAAGUAAAAGCAAAAAAAUACAAACACCGUUGCAGGAUGAAAAAAGUUUGUACCGGUUUUGAGGACGUUGUCUUUGAUUACAUGUAAAUAAUUGUAACUCAAAUAAAAAGUUACUUUCAGUACACUCA